AUGGCAAGAGAAGGUCCCGAGGAGUACUGCCGCAAGCUUCCUGAAGUCCUUCCUGCAGGGGCCGUCGUAGAAGAGCAGGAGUUGAAGGGCAAUCGGCUGCGCUUCGUACGGCUUUCUGGCCGAGGGCCAUACACCGGAUGGGUAGAUGUCAGGGAGGACAACACCGAGCUUCUGACACGAGUGGAGAAGAAGGCGGGUGCGGCUGGGGCUGCCCCAGUGCAGGCAGAAGAUGACUUGGAUGGAACAUCCAAGAGGAAGAAGGGCAGCGAGAAGUGGAGAGCGCCACCGGUCGAGCCGGUUGCGCCUGCGCCAGUCAACUCUUCCUACCCACGCCCUGGGCGCUUCUGGAAGGUCGUUGGGGCUCCGAAGGAUGGCCUGACAGUAUGGCAGGGGGUCUCUGAAUCGUCCCCGAUCCUGCCGGGGACCUUGCCGCAGGGUGCGGUGGUGGAAGAGGUGCAGGUGGUAGGAAAUCGCUUGAGCUUCACGGACUUCUCCAUGAGGGGCCCACCGAGUGGCUGGGUGAACAUCCGUGAGAGCGGUCGGGACAUGAUCGUGGUGGACAUGGAGGGUCUGUCGACUCUGAACAUCGCUGAGGCUUUGAAGGAGAGUGCAGGCUUGACCUUCCCGCAAAUGCCACAGCCGGUGCAGGCCACGCGUGAGUCUCGUGAGGAGGCGCCCCUGUCCGGCUGGGCGAAGCUGUCAGAGAUGUAUCAGAAGCCAUUGGAGAAGCAGAGGAUGGACUUAGCUGCUGCAGCAGCGGAGACGGACUCAGCCAAGCGGAGAACGCGCCGGCGCCGGCAAACAUCGGUGAAAGAGAUCCCACCUUUGGAGGAGCUGGCUCAUGCCUCGGAGGAGAUGCUGGUGGACAUGCUUGGCUUUCCGGAGGAGGAGGCGAAGCAUUUCGCCAUGAUGAACGAGGAGAGCAAAAACCGGGUGAUCACGGAGUGCCGGGCUUUGAUCGACAUGUCGCCUUUGGAGCGGCAGAUGGCCUUCGAGAAACUGCGGAAGGCCUGGCCGCGCGGCCCCUUCCCAAGCUUUGCCAAGCCCACGGAAAACCUUCCCAGCGUCAACACCAACCUGCUCCCUCCUGGCACAUGUUUCCCCAUCAAGCGCCCGCCCAAGACCUCGAGCGCGCCCUCCAAUCUGGUGUCCGCUUUGGAUGGGAAGCCCGGGACCUUCUUCGCCGCCGAGCCCUACACCAACACUGCGGAACAGAAGCAGGCGCUGCAGGCCCUUGCCCAGAAGGUGGCUGCGCUCCCGGCGCAGGAGGUGGCCGCAGAGCCCUCCGUGGCUGCCGAGAGGAUGGACUUCUGUCGCCUGCCAGCGACAAAAGUCGAUUCUGAAAAGCUUGCGCAGAAUGUGAUGGCAAAGACAAAGCUGAGCGGUGCCGAUGUGGCCCUGUACUUGGCCGAGGAGAUGAGGAAGCGACCGCUGGUGAUGGAUGCUGGCCCAGGACCUAAGCUCAAGGCUGCUGGCCUCUCCGAGGCAGACUUCCGCGGCGAGCGCGCGAAGGUCCUCCGAGACUCUGCUUCUCAGCUGGGCAACGUGGACCUCCUGUCGCUCUCCAAGCCAAAUUUGGUUCUGGACACCCACAAAGACUACUUGAAAGCUGGAGCAGAUAUUUGUUGCACGAACACCUUGAAUGCAAAUGCCCUGGCUCAAAGGGACUUCAAGACUUCGAAGUUUGUGACAGAGAUGAACAAGACAGCUGCCAUUCUGGCCAAGCGUGCAGCAGCUGAGAUCACCAAACAGGACCCCAGGAAGCCUCGAUUGGUGGCGGGCCUGAUUGGCCCCAACAGCAACCUCCUGCUAGGUGCCAACCGCACGCGCAGCGUCAGCUUCGACGACUUGGUCGAAGCCUACAGUGAGCAGAUCAAAGGCUUGGCCGAAGGCGGCGUGGACCUCCUGGCGCUGGAAGCGGUCGCGGAUGCGGUGAGCGCCAAAGCUGCCAUCUAUGCUGCGGGCGACGUCUACCGGCAGCUGAAGCAGCGUGUGCCGCCGAUGCUGAUCCAUGCCGUUGUGGACUCUGCCACGGGGCGCACGCCGGGAGGCCAAGGCUUGGAUGCCUUCUACGUGAGCGUGAAGCACGCCAAGCCUUUGAUCGUGGGCCUCGUCGCAAGCGAAAGCAACGAGAAGGUCUUGGGCGCCUAUCAGGCCCUCGGCAAGGUGGCCCAGAGCUUCACGGGGAUGAGGCUCGGCUCGGAGGGCCAGGCUCCCAACAGCCUGAGCGCCGACGCGACAAGUGCGACAAAAGGUAGCCUCCCAAACCUGCUGGGCGUCUCCGGCAGCGGCUUGCCCACCCAUGUCAGCGCCUUGGCGCAGCUGCAGCUCUCCGGGGUCCCACGGGCCCUUCCGGAAGCUGUCAAGGCCAUGAUGCUGUCGGGGCGUGACGUCCACACUGUCACGGGCUUCAGCCUCGUCGGCCAGCGGGGCAGCACCCGAGCAUCAGAUGGCUUCAAGGCUCUGGUGGACGACUACAAGGCAAAGAAAGACCCGGCGUGCUUGAGCAAAGCCGUGGACGUUUGUGCCCAGGACGCUGAAAAGGGUGCAGACAUCCUGGACGUUUGUGUGGAUGGCAUCGCCAACGAUGGUAGCAACCGCGGAAGCAAGGCGGUCUUUGGCAAGUUCGUCGAGAUGUGCGACACGGACGAGCGAAUCUCCAAAGCACCCCUGAUGCUCUGCUCCUCAGAGUGGAAGUGCCUGCGGGAAGGUCUCUGCAGUGUCCAGGGCCGCAGCAUCGUGAACGCCAUUUGUUUGAUGGUCGGCGAGGAGGAGUUUCUUCGCAUUGCCAAGGAAUGCCUAAAGCAUGGUGCGGCCGUGGUCGUCAUGGCCAUUAGCGAAGAGGGCCGCUGCGUUACGUCCAAGGACAAGGUGGCAGUUCUUCAGAAGAGCUACCGUCUUCUGCGGCAGAAGUUAGACUUCCCUCCCGAGGACAUCAUCCUGGAUUGUCACCUGCAGAGCUUGCGACCCGAUGAGCAUCCAGCUGAUGUGAUCUCGGCCAUUGCGGAGGUGCGGCGGACGUGCCCACAUGCCAGCGUGGCCGCGGGCAUCAGCAACCUGAGUGCUGCCUUCGGACGGCUCAGCAAGCUGCGGGAGGCCUUGCACACCGUCUUCCUGCAGCACGCCAUCCCGAAAGGCCUGAACGUGGCCCUGGCGGACGCUGGCAACCUUCCCCUCUACUGUGACCUGGACAAGGAGACGCGUCAGCGCUGCGAAGACGUCAUCCUGAACAGCGGCAAAGACGAAGCUGUGCUGAAGAGCUUCAUGGGCUUCCUGAGCUUCCGAAGCGGCGCCACCGUGUGCCUCCCGCUCCAGGCGACGGUUCCGAAGGACACCUCUGGCCAGGAGGCCUGGUGGGACCUGCCGGAGUGCAAGGCCGCGGCCAAGGAGGCUCAGAAGGAGUACCUGGAGAAGCGCGGCGCGAUGGCGACGCCUGCUCUCCAGAAGGCUUACUUCCAGUCCAUGAAGCCUGCCCAUGUGGCUGUUUCGGGAAAGGUGUCUCCAGACACGGGUUGCGCUCGACCAGACCCCUGCCGCGUGACCGGCAGCGGUGGUACUGGCGCCCUUCAGCAGCAGGUUUCCACAGCGCUGGCUUCUGCCACCCCAGUAAGUGCGAGCAACCUUCUUGCACAGCUCAACCUCUCGCUGGCGCAGAAGGUGCUUUUGCUUGACGGCCCCGAGGGUCCUGGCCAACAGCUUGCCGAAAUCAAGGACGAGGCUUCCUUCCGAGGAUCUCGGUUCCCGGCAUCCGCCAAGGGCAACCUGAACUUGCUGUCCAUCACGAAGCCCGAUGCGGUUCUCGGCGCCCAUCGGGCUCUCUUGAAGGCCGGCGCAGAUGUCAUCAGGACGAACACCUUCUAUGGCGACGCCCUCUGCCAGAAGUACUAUGGCACCGAGGCUGCAGCGUACGAGCUCAACAAGGCCGCUGCCGGUCUGGCCAAGCAGGCCGUCGCCGAGGCGGUUAGCCAGAGCCCUCAGCAGCUCAAGUUCGUGGCGGGUGUGCUCGGCCCGUCCGUGGGAGGCAUCUCAGGCAUUCGUGCAGCCGCCACCUGGGACCAGCUGGUGCAGUCCUACAGGCCGCAGGUUCAGGGGCUUGUCGACGGGGGCGUGCACAUGCUCAUGCUGGACAUGGUCUCGGACACGCUCAACGCCAAGGCCGCGGUGUACGCCAUCGAGGAGCACUUCUCCAUGAACCCGAAGGACCGCCUUCCGGUCGUCAUCAACAUCACGCUGAAGGAGGGGCGCACGGCUUCGGGCCAGACGUUGGAGGCCUGCCUGGCCAGCUUGGCGCAUGCCCAGCCUUUUGCCUUCGGCGUGGCCGAGGAGAAGGCCCAGGUGGUGCAGGAGGCAGCCCGCCAGGCUGGGUGCAUCCGUGGCACCGCGGAAGCUGCCGGCACCCACUCCACCGGCUCUCAAGCUGAGCGGCCUGGAGGAUGUUCCCACUGCCCAUGUCGCAGCGAUGUGUGGGGAGAGGCCACUGAUUCUUGCUGGCUCACUGCCGGGUGA